AUGAAGAGGAAAUCCCAGGACUGCCAGUCCAGAUUGCCAGACAACAGUGCAGUGAAGCAGCAGCAGUUGCCCGCCUACAGGCUACAGCUCUCAGCCAACAAAAUCCUCUCCAGCUUUUUUGCCACAGGCGUGUUCUGCCUUGGAGUGGGCGUCAUCCUUCUGUUGUCUGCAAAGACCAUCAAGGAAGUAGAGAUUAAUUACACAGAAAAAUGUGCAAAUUGUGCAAAACUGCGGGAAAAUGCCGCUCAUUUUGACAAAGAAUGCAACUGCUCCAUUGCCUUUUUCCUUCCAGAGACAAUGAAGGGUAAUAUUUAUAUGUACUACAAAUUGUAUGGCUUCUAUCAGAACCUCUAUCGAUAUAUUCUAUCCAGAAGUAAUAGCCAACUGGUGGGUACAGAUGUAAAGGAUGUUAAAAACUGUGCUCCAUUCAAAACCUCCCACAAUGGGAUCCCCAUCGCUCCUUGUGGUGCUAUUGCCAAUAGCAUGUUCAAUGACACCAUUAUUCUUUCUUACAACCUUAAUUCAUCUAUCCAUAUCAAAGUACCAAUGAUAAGGAGUGGAAUUACAUGGUGGACAGACAAGUAUGUCAAGUUUCAGAAUCCAAGUUUCCAAAAUCUUUCUAGUGCAUUUGCAGGAACCACAAAGCCUCCGAACUGGCCUAAGCCUGCCUAUGAACUAGAUGAAGAGGAUCCAGCAAACAAUGGCUUCAUCAAUGACGACUUCAUUGUGUGGAUGAGGACAGCCGCAUUUCCCACUUUCAAAAAACUGUACCGCCGACUCCAUCGAAUAGAGCAUUUUACUGAAGGCUUGCCUGCUGGUAGUUAUAGUUUCAACAUAACCUACAACUUUCCUGUAAACAGGUUCCAGGGAGAAAAAGCAGUUGUUCUUUCCACCCUGACAUGGAGUGGAGGCAGUAGCCUUUUCUUAGGUCUUGCCUACAUGGUGACAGGAGCUGUGACCUGGUUAGCCUUCUUUUCCAUGUUGGCAGUUCACUUGAGGCUGAAAGAAAGGAAAAUACUCUUCCUCCAGCAGUAA